UGGGUCAGUGCUAUCUCAGUAGAAGUGGGACCCCCGAAGCCUCCAACAAGCUUUUAUCUGGCCCGGGACUCCCCGGCGUUCAGCGCUUCCCCCCAUAACCGGAUACCGGUUAUUUGGACUCUGCCUCUGGCUCAGGAGUCACAGAUGCCAGGAAGUAUGGCCCCCCUCAAGAAGCCUCGAAAUACCACAAGGGUGCCUCUGGCUUUAAACCCCCUGAAGAGCAAGGACGUGUUGGCAGUGCUGGCUGAGAGGAACCAGGCUAUAAUGCCAGUUGGGGCAUGGGUGGAACCUGCCUUGCCAGAUAGUUCGGAAGUCCCAGCAUAUACUUCAGCAUAUAUGAUUGAAGAAGAACUAAAGGAACAGCUAAGAAAAAAACAAGAAGCUCUGAAGCAUUUUCAGAGACAAGUCAAACACCGAGUAAAUCAGCAAAUCAGGCUGAGAAAAAAGCAGCAGUUUCAGAGAUCUUACGAAGCAGCAGAAAAAGAAGGCGCUAUAGCCAUGCAGUCUUCAGAUCCAGCACAUUUAACUCCUAAAAGAACAAGUGUUUUUCCAAACAACUUGGAUGCUGCUAUUGGAAGUGCUAGGUUACCUCCUUCUCAGAUGCUUGGGGAUGGAAUGGACGAUAGAGAGAAUCAGAAUGAAUUAUUCCAACAACAAGCCCAGGCUCUUAGUCAAACCAUGAAACAGGCCCGUCACCGGCUGGCAUCCUUUAAGACUGUGAAUAAAAAAAAUGUGUCAGUGUUUCCAGAUGGUAGAAGGAAAAUCUUUCCCCCCCAAGAGAAAGCGCUUUGUAGGAAACCAUCAUCCCUCAAAAUAAAUACAAGAUCAAGAGGACAGUUGACCUUUAAGGAACCUGACUCUGAGGAAUCUUCAUCUAUUAUGAUAGAUAAGAAAGGGAGAGAAAAUUUGAUAUGGGGAGACCAGCAGGAUCUCCUUUCUGAAGACCGGGACAAACCUUUCAGCAAAGUUCAGAAAGUACAGUUCAAAAAUCCAUUAUUUGCUGUGAUGAAAGAGGAAGAGGAAUUAGAUCUUCAAGGCCUUCAGAAUAUUCUUCCAGAAGCCCAGAAUUAUCUUCCAGAAGCCCAAGGUGAUUUGAUAGAAGUCCAGAGUGUUGAGCUAGAAGCUGAGAGUGUUGAGCCAGAAGCCGAGAGUGUUGAGCCAAGGCUCAAUACCCUGGCUAUUGAGCUGGAAAGCCAAGCUGUUGAGCCCGAAGCCCAGGCCACUGAGCCUAAAGCCCAGGCUGUUAAGAUAAAAACUCAGGGUAUUAUGCCAGAAGCCCAGAUUGUUGAACUAGAAGAUGGGAGUAUUGUGUCUGAAGUCCAGGAUUUGCUACCCAAAACACAGUGUGUUCUUCUCAAAGACCGGAAUAUUCUACCCAGAUGUCAGGACCAGGACUUUCUACUUAAAGACCAGGAUUUUCCACCCAAGGACCAGAAUAUUCUACCCGAAUGUCAGGACCAGCAUUUUCUACCCAGAGACCAGCAUGUUCUCCCUGAAGACCAGAAUAUGCAAUCCAAAUUUCAGGACCAGGAUUUUCUACCAAAAGACCAUCAUCAGUGUUUUCUACCCAGAGAUCAGGAAGCAAAUUUGAAGCAGCCAGCAUCAAUUUUGAUAGGCCCAAGAGGAAGACAGGCGUUUCCUCUGGAUGUCCAUCAGGAUCUCCUGCCCAGGCCUCAAGAUCAGACGUCCACCAGGGACAAGAAAGUACGCUUCAAGGAGUCAUAUUCUGAUAUGUCAAGUGAGAAAGGGAGAGAAGACUCUUCUCUGGCAGGUUAUCAGUAUCUGCCUCCUAAACUCCAGGACCAGACCUUCCUCAGAGAUCAGAGCAAGUAUAUCAAUCAACCCUCAUCUUGUGAGAAAUGGGAGAUCGAAAGAAUGGCUUCUGGAGUGCCAUCGAGCUUAUACUUCAGGCAGCAGCCAUCUGUUGGGACAGCUGAAAGAUGGCAAGAGGAUUUGCUUCUGGAUGACCAUCAGCAACUGCCAGCCAAGCCCCAGAGAGAGGCUUCCAGCAGAAGACAGGUUUAUGAUGCUUAUCAAUCAAGAUUGAACACUGAAUUCCAAACUCCACUGAUGCUUCAGUCUGGAGUAGAUCAGGAAGAAGACAAAAAAGAGCGUCAAAAGCAAUACCUGAGAUAUAGACGGCUUUUCAUGGAUAUUGAAAGAGAACAAGUAAAAGAACAACAAAGGCAAAAAGAACAUCAGAAGAAAGUUGAAAAAAUUAAAAAAAAGAAAGAGCAGCAACGUUAUGCUGAAGAGCAGAGGAUACUAAGAGUGAACUUUCAUGAAGAGCUAUAUUCAGGGGAGAAGAUGAGUGAUAUAUUAGCCCAGCUAAAACUUGAGGAACUAAAAGGAGCCAGAGAAAAACAACAGCAGAGAGAAAAGGAAUGCCAAAGAUAUAUAGAAGCUCUGCGAGCCCGGAUCCAGGAGAAAAUGCGGCUGUAUAAUAUUACUUUACCUCCACUCUGCUGCUGUGGUACUGAUUUUUGGGAUGCUCAUCCUGAUACCUGUGCCAACAAUUGUAUUUUCUAUAAAAACCAUAGAGCAUAUACCCGGGCACUACGUUCGGUCAUCAAUUCCUGUGAUAUCCCUGAGGGGACGUCAACUGUUCGAGUCGCCAUGCAUAAUUUGGCUUCUGCACAUAGACGGACUUUGAAGAAUCUGUAAUGAGAAUCUGAAUCCAAUU